GUUGAAGUGGUCAUCCCGGCGCUCGACGUUGAAAUGAAGUGGGACUUGCGGUGGUACACCCCCGAAUUCCCACACCGGCAAAUUGAACGCCGACAAUGGACCCGACCGACCCCUCGAGCUUUAACCAUCGCUCGGAACGUUUGAGUACAGGAAGAACUUAUCAUUUUGUUGACCAAAAACCGUUCAAGUCCUUCAUAAAGGAUACACCAACAUUGUUGCUUAUACAUGGAUUUCCCGAUUCUUGGUAUGGUUGGAGGUACCAGAUAGGGCCGUGGGCCAAAAGGGGUUGGAGAAUCAUUGCUGUCGACGCGUUGGGUUAUGGUGGGACAGAUAAACCCACUGAAGUUUCCGCAUACUCGACCAAGUCAAUAUGCAAGGAUCUUACGGCUCUACUCGACCUCUUGAAGGUAGAGAAGGCUGCCAUUGUUGGACAUGAUUGGGGUGCCGAAAUUGCGUGGAGGAUGUACCUUUGGCAUCCCGAACGUGUAUUGACGGUGGUUGCUUUAUCUAUCCCAUACUCCCCUCCAGCACCUUCAUACAUUCCAUUGUCCAUAGUUGCAAAACGUGUCCCCGGACUAGGCUACCAAGUAUACUUGGAAGAUCCUAGGUCCACGAAGGAUAUCGAAUCUAACCUCCGCACGUUCCUGGAUAUGAUUUACCGUUCCGACUCCCUGACAUGGAAGUGGGUGGAAGUUGAAAAGCUUGAGAACUUUCUUCGAGGAAAAGAUAAAUUCCCUGAUGGGCCAAGUGUUCUCUCUUCGUCGGAAAUGAACUUUUAUGUCAAGCAAUUCGAAAAUUCUAUGUCGGGGCCACUUAUGUACUACAAGACCAAACGUAUCCGCUUCAACGAUGAGAAAGUGGCAAAGCUCCCCUCAUUCCUGCCGACUGAGACAGCUUUCCUCCUGAUCCGGGGUACCGAGGACCCUGCAUCUCCGAAACAAGCAGCUAAACGCUCGAGAAAUUUCGCAAAAUCAUUAAAAACCAUCGAUCUUGAUGGCGCGGGACAUUGGCUAAUGAUAGAACGAAAAGAAGAAGUGACCAAGUAUGUCGGAGAUUGGAUCGAGUCUGUUCUUAGGGAAGCGAGACAGGAGAAUAAACCGAGCACUAAAUUGUAACUGAGGAUCCUGUAAUUGUACUUUACUGAGGACGAUUCGAGCUUAAUUGCUACCUGUCUGAUAGCUUGGUUGUGCCCGUCGAUCAACGCAACAUCGAA